AUGCUGUCGUCGAGACAUGACUUACGUGGGAACGUACAUUUCCCGGAUGAGAAAACGGACCCCUCUCUGUUCGCGCACAGGACCUUCUAUGUGGCAAACAAUGAACUCCAACCUCGCCGCUUUGUCAGGGGUGUUGCAAUGCCGGUGCUAGGACAGGGCGUGAGGGCUGUUGCAAUGCUGAUACCAGGACAGGGCGUGAGGGCUGUUGCAAUGCUGAUACCAGGGCAGGGCGUUAGGGGUGUUGCGAUGCCGAUGCUAGGACAGGGCGUGAGGGCUGUUGCAAUGCCGGUGCUAGGACAGGGCGUGAGGGCUGUUGCAAUGCUGAUACCAGGACAGGGCGUGAGGGCUGUUGCAAUGCUGAUACCAGGACAGGGCGUGAGGGGUUUUGCAAUGCCGAUGCUAGGACAGGGCGUGAGGGCUGUUGCAAUGCUGAUACCAGGACAGGGCGUGAGGGGUUUUGCAAUGCCGAUGCUAGGACAGGGCGUGAGGGCUGUUGCAAUGCUGAUACCAGGACAGGGCGUGAGGGGUGUUGCAAUGCCGGUGCUAGGACAGGGCGUGAGGGCUGUUGCAAUGCUGAUACCAGGACAGGGCGUGAGGGCUGUUGCAAUGCUGAUACCAGGACAGGGCGCGAGGGGUUUUGCAAUGCCGAUGCUAGGACAGGGCGUAAGGGCUGUUGCAAUGCUGAUACCAGGACAGAGCGUGAGGGCUGUUGCAAUGCUGAUACCAGGACAGGGCGUGAGGGCUGUUGCAAUGCUGAUACCAGGACAGGGCGUGAGGGCUGUCGCAAUGCUGAUACCAGGACAGGGCGUGAGGGCUGUUGCACAUUUCAAUUAA